ACAAACAAAAUGAAGCUUUGGAAGGCGAAAAAACCGAUUAGCUGCGUGCCCGGCAAAUCGGCGGCACUGAAAAAUGAGGAUAAAGUAGAUAACGGCAAUAACGCUGGUGGCAUACCGUUAACUCCAAUUGUUUCAGUGGAUCGCGCCAUGAGUCCGGCACAAUCGGAGGAUUCGGGUUUGGCACCCGACCGCGGCACCACGUAUGCAACAAUAACAUUGCCACGGGACAGCGCUCUCAAUAUGGGCAUCACAUUCGCAGAACGCAACGACCUAUCGUAUCCACCUGUUAUUGGCGCGCUGAGUCCACUGGGUCAUGCUGCGGAUUUUCUAGCGCCUGGCGAUCGUAUUCAUCAAAUUGACGGCAUCUCAACAAUUGGGUUGAGUAAUCAACACGUCAUGAGCAUGCUGUGCGGUGCCUGCGAUGGCUCAGCAGCUGCUGGGAAUGGCUCUUCGACUGGCUCUACUGGUGGUGGUGGUGGUGUUGAUGCGGGCGAUGCUCGCUGUGUGCCUGCUGUUGUAGAAAUCGAAUAUUCAUUGCCCGAAUACAUCUCCCAGAAUAGUUUGUGUGUCACAUCGAAAUUGGCGCAAAUCACCGUGGAACGCGAAAGCGGCUGCUUGGGUUUAACUUUAAGGGGCGGUGGCGAUUUCCCAUUGAUCGUUACGCACGUACGGCCACAUGGACCCGUCUACAAGACCGGACGCAUCAAGCCGGGCGAUCGGCUGCUGCGUGUGGAUAAUCUAUCGCUCAUUGGCAAAACUUUGGCAGAGGCGCAACAGAUCAUUAAAUGCGGCGGACACGUUUCCGGUUACACAAAUCUCACUGUCGAAUAUGACGUGUCCGUGGUGCAGAGUGUUGAGUUCUCAAUGGGCCCACUAUUGAUUGAAAUCGAGCGACCCAUGAAUGAUAAAUUGGGCUUGGUGUUGUGCAACUAUCCGGCGGCCAGUCAUAUGGAUCACACGAAAAUCGACGAGGUUAGCGCUGCGGGCAUUUACAUAGCGAGCAUAAUGCCAGCCAGCAUCGCAGACAGAUGUGGCGCCUUGUCAGUGGGUGAUCAAGUGCUCUCCAUCGACGACACCCUAAUCGAGAACUCAGCCUACAGUCCGGACGAAGUGAUGACAAUGUUGGAUGCGAACACAGGCCGCGGCUACACGCAAAUGCAAAUUAUGCCGGCACACGCGUUGUCGCGACGAGGUCACACCACGCUCGGCAGUCCGAAGUAUGGUUUCAGCACAUUGGAGUCACGCAAGUCACGGCAGCGCCAACGUUUCGUACGAAAAAGUUCGCUCCCACUUGAUGGUGGUGGUGGUGCUGGAGGCAGCGCUGGCGGCGGAGCGGGUAGUGCGAACGCCGGAGGCUGCGGCGUCGGCAGUAACAGCUGCAAUGGCGGUGGCAGCACCGGCAGCAACAGUGGCACAGCCAGCAGUGCUAGUGCCGGUAGUAGCGCCAGCGGCAGCAGCACCGGUGUCAAUAGCAGUGCUGCUUCUUCGGCUGGAGUUGGCGGCAUCAUCAGCGCAGCGCAGAUUGGCACGACGCUACAUCAUCCCAGCGCCAUUGGUAUUUGUCGCUCUGAAACAUUUCCGGUGCUGCUGGACUGCAGUCAAGGUUCCGGCAUAGUACUCGGCCCGUCGACUGUAUGCGGACGCGCCGUCACAAUUGCGCAAGUGUUGCCCGAUUCGGUGGCCGAUCGUAGUGGCUCCAUACAGAAGGGCGAUCGCAUUGUGGCCAUCAAUAAAAUGUAUAAUUUGGAUGUGCAAACGAUGCGCCAGUUGUUGGGUGAGAAUCGCACGCUGCAGUCACAGAAAUCACAACAAUCGCCAGCAGCCAAUUGGUUGGAGUUGGAGAUCGAAAUCGAUAUGGCCGACUCGGUGGUGCCAUCAAGCGGUGUGUAUAAUGUGAAAUUGUUGCGUGCCGGCAAAUCGGGACUGGGUAUUAGCGUGAAUGGUUCUAGUCAUGGUGGUUUUGUUAUAUCCGAUGUGAAACCCGGCAGUCCAGCACAUCGCACCGGUUCGUUACGUGGCGGCGAUAUACUAUUGGCCGUGGACAAUCACCCGGUGCAACACUACAAUGUGGACUCAUUGCUGAAGGAGAGUCCAGCAGCCAUUGAUUUUACAACGCUUACAGUGAAGCGUGUCAUGUUGCCGGAUUUCCUGUUCGAUGCGCAGCAAAAAAUGCCGAAUCCCAUCUAUAGUAAUUGCCCGGCCAGUCCGAGUGAACAUGAUUUGUACAGCACAGCCGCCUAUGUUACGUCCAAGUUCAAUGAUUGCUUGUCGUUAAAAUCUACGACGCCACAGCCAGACUUCUUCCAUACCUCUGGCGGUACGGACGAUGGCUGUAGCCUACAGUCGGUGCAAAUGCGUCAUCAUCCACAUCCCUGCAAUACUUGGAGCGCCAACACGUCCGCGAUGGGUCGUUCGUUCGCAGCGCAGAAUACACAGAGUCUGACUACCGAACUGCCGGACAAUGAGGACAACAAUUAUCAAGACUUCACCAGCUAUGACCUGGAUCGUUAUGCGAGUGCCGACUGCAGCGCCCUGCCGCCACCCAUGGAGAAUAAGGUCUACGGUUCGGCGGCCAGCUCCAGUAGCAAAAGCAGCGGCAGCAGUCUGCACCAGAUCAUCUUCACCGUGCGUCUGGAGCCCAAAGGCGGUCUGUUGGGCAUUACGCUGGCGGGUAGCGAGGAUAUUAGCAAACCCAUAUCGAUUAGCGGACUUGUGGAAGGUGGCAUUGCACACAAACAUGGCCAAAUUCAGGUUGGCGACCAGUUGCUGGCCAUCAAUGAGGAUUCGGUGCAGGGCAUGCCACUCUCGCAUGCGACAAACAUUUUGCAAAAUCUCAGCGACACAGUUGACUUGAAGAUAUUGCGCGCUCACGAGAUAUCCAGCAUUAUGGCGGGUGGGCAUUUGAAUGGCGACAAUAUGCCACAGCCACAAGCAAUUUAUGCCAAAGUGCAGCGUCGGCCACGCAGUCCCUCCUCGAACGCUGAUGGUACAUCGUCGGCCGGCGGUAAAGAUGGCAAACAUCGCAUUUUCCAUGUGACGCUGAAAAAGGAUAAAGUUUAUGAUGAUUAUGGAUUUUCGGUGUCGGAUGGUCUAUACGAAAGGGGGGUGUUCAUCAAUCGCAUACGCUCGGGCGGACCGGCGGACUUGAGUGGCGUACUAAAGCCUUUCGAUAGAAUUAUGCAGGUGAAUGAAAUGAAAACACAAGACUUCGAUUGCUGCCUGACAGUGCCUUUGAUAGCAGCCGCUGGUGACAAGAUCGAGCUGAUCAUACAACGCACGGAAUGAUCGUGGCGCCUGCCAGAGCAGCUGGUCUUCAAAUACAAAUACUGACAAUGCGUGUGCCUUUUUUUCCUUUUCUUUCAAAUGACUAACUGUUCUACACAAUUUUUUUUGUUUCGAGAUGAAUAAGAAAUUUACGCAAAAACUAUUUAAAUCUUUACCAAAUUGCGAAAAAAGUAAAUGCCAAGAUUCACACCAACAAAUAACGCAGAACCCAAGCCAAAUAUAAAUUAAUUUAAAUAAAUAAAAAAAAACACAAAUAUUUAUGUUAAGUUUUAGUUUUAAGCGCUGA